GCGCGCUCAGCCGGCCAGGCCCGAGCCAUCGAGCGCCGAGCGCGCCGAGCUGACCCGGACGCCGAGACGCCCAGCGCAGCGGGACGGCCGCCAUGGGCCUGGGCGCCAGCGCCGAGCAGCCGGCCGGGGGCGCCGAGGGCUUCCACCUGCACGGGGUACAAGAGAACUCCCCUGCCCAGCAGGCAGGCCUGGAACCCUACUUUGACUUCAUCAUCACAAUCGGGCACUCGCGGCUGAACAAGGGCAAUGAUACGCUGAAGGCGCUGCUGAAGGCGAACGUGGAGAGGCCGGUCAAGCUGGAGGUGUUCAACAUGAAGACCAUGCGGGUGCGGGAGGUGGAGGUGGUGCCCAGCAACAUGUGGGGUGGCCAGGGCCUGCUGGGGGCCAGCGUGCGCUUCUGCAGCUUCCGCCGGGCCAGCGAGCAGGUGUGGCACGUGCUGGACGUGGCCCCCUCCUCCCCAGCCGCCCUGGCCGGCCUGCGCCCCUACAGCGACUACGUGGUGGGCUCAGAUCAGAUCCUGCAGGAGUCCGAGGACUUCUUCUCGCUCAUCGAAUCCCACGAGGGGAAGCCACUCAAGCUCCUGGUGUACAACUCGGAGUCGGACUCCUGCCGCGAGCUGACCGUCACCCCCAACGCGGCCUGGGGCGGGGAAGGCAGUCUAGGCUGUGGGAUCGGCUACGGCUAUCUGCACCGGAUCCCCACGCAGCAGCCUUCCGGUCACCCCAAGAAGCUGCCCAGAGCCCCGCCGCCCGACACCCCACCGCCGGGCACCCCCCCGCGCGAUCGUACCCCGCCACCCGACGCCACGCCGGGCCCUCCACACACCCCGGACCUGCAGCCAGGCCCCGAGCAGAGCGACUAUGAGGAGGCCCUGCUUCAGGUCCCAGGCUUCUUCCCAGAGGAGCAGACCCCAGGCCCCGGGAACCCGGGCCCCACCACCCCGGAGGUGGGGGGACCCCCACGCUCUAUGGAGGUGCCUCUUCAGCCUCCACCUCCUGUACAGAGAGUCAUGGACCCAGGCUUCGUGGACGUGUCGGGCAUCUCCCUCCUGGACAGCAGCCACGCCAGCGUGUGGCCUGGCCACGCCUCUUCCCCGGGCCCAGGAGCGGAGGACGUGGGCUCCAGCGGCAGCUCCCACGAGCGGGGCGGCGAGGCGACGUGGUCGGGGUCGGAGUUCGAGGUCUCCUUCCUGGACAGCCCGGGUGUGCCGUCCCCGGUGGACCACCUGCCCCGGCUGACGCUUCCCGACAGCCUCACGUCGGCCUCCUCCCCGGAGGACGGGCUGUCGGCCGAGCUGCUGGAGGCGCAGGCGGAGGAGGAGCCCGACGGCCCCGGGGCCGAGGCCCGGGGCGGGGACAGCCGGGGCCCCCCCACGUGUACGCCGGAGGCCCAGCCGGGGCCGUGACCCCCCCCCCCCAGGCCCGCGUGGGGAGGCGGGGGGCUCCGUGCUCACCGGCCAGGAGAGGCUCGCGGACGCUUCCUGCCCAGGCCGGCUGCGAACCCGCCGCCCUCCUGGGUCAGCCUGACUGACAGGUGUGCGAUGGGUUUGCGGAUCUGGACGUGGACGAGGCGGCCGGCGGUUCUGCGGGGCUGCUUGCUGGGGUGCGGGCUUGUGGGGCUCAGUCUCCGGGGGUUGGCUUCGAACCGUCCUCCCCAGCUCUCCUGGC